GUGAGAGAGAGAGCGACAGAGACACGGGAGAGAAAUCGGAGAGAAUCAUCUGAUAGAUUUCAAUUGAACUGGGUGUGGCAGUGUGGAAAGUGUUGUUUAUUGUCUGGGUUUGAGCAGUGUGGGAACUGGGAAGUGUUGUUAAUUGGCAUUAUCUCUUCUUCCCCUUCUUCGUUUCUUUGCCUCCUUUCGGGCAUGGAAACGGUGGAAGGCAAGAAGGGUAAGAAACAACUGGAUAUUGACUUUGACGCCCUUUUAAAAAAUGAUGAUGCACCAGCAGAGCUGGAGGUGGUGCCUGUCGAGAAGUCCUCUCAGGAUGACGACUUGGUAGCGCUUUCAGAUCAUCAACUCGAUGAAAAUAUUCGCAGAUUACAACGACAUGACAACGAUAUGUCCUCCAGAUUGCCAGAUAAAGGUGCGAAGCUUCGUGCCAGACUCCAGCGUCUCGAAGACGAGAAGAAACGCAGGAGUCUCCUCCGAUUGAAGAAGGAUGAUGAUGACUGUAAGAAGGCUACACAAUCCCGAUGCUUAAGUUUCUCAGGUGCAUGCAAUGGUUCCAGUUCAGUCCGUCAAUCAUCUCAAUCCCAUUCACAAUCAGCAUUUGCUCCAUGUUUCAAUGUACUAUUGGAAAGGAAGUCAGAUGCUAGUAAUGCCAGAGGAGAUGUAUCUGCUAAGGAGUUGUCAUAUUUACACUCUGGAAACCAGCAAGAUGCUAGACAGAAUGGACGUUUGAUACAUAAGGAAAAGCAGGCAUGUAGAGUGUCUUCAAGAAAAUUACCUUUUAAGUCUGUCAUUGAUGACUCUCUUGAUAAAGAUAGACAGCGACUCCCAAAUGGUGGUGAUCAAAAGGUUACUGCUCCUCGUUCUCUUAACCAUCAGGAGGAAAACUUGUCUGGCCGUUUCUCUAAGAAGAGGACUUCUUCUGAGCUCCAGACUUUACUUGAUUCGAAGACUAGGAAGGGCCAGAGUCACCAGACUGUGGUUCUUGUGGAUGAAGAAGAUUGUCCUUCUCUUGAGACUACUCAACAAAAAGACCAACCAAUUGAACGGAUGAAGGAUAAAAUAAUAUACUACCCUUCCAGAAAUGAUCCAGAAUCUGUUGAAAUUUGUUACUUGGACAUUGAUUGCCUUGCUCCUGAAGCUUUUCUAUCGUCAACUAUUAUGAACUUUUACAUUCGAUAUCUACAAAGGCCGGUGUCCCCAACAGGUAGACCAAUGGGUGAUUAUCAUUUUUUCAAUACAUAUUUCUACAAGAAGCUUAAGGAAGCUGUAUCAUGCAAGAAGAGUGAGAAGGAUGCAUUCAUGAAGUUCAGGAGGUGGUGGAAAGGUGUCAAUAUUUUUCAGAAGGCAUACAUAUUUUUGCCAAUACAUGAAAAUCUGCAUUGGAGCUUGGUAAUUAUUUGUAACCUGGAGAAGGAUGAUGAAUCGGGACAGAUUAUACUCCUUCAUUUGGAUUCAUUGGGAUAUCACAAUAGUUUUGACAUUUUUGAGGACAUUAGAAGCUUUUUAAAAGAAGAAUGGAAAUACCUAAGUGAAGAAGUUGCAGCUCCAGACCCGUCCAUUGGAGACAGAGUGCGUAGAAACCUUCGAAGUAAAAUCUGUGAGAAAAUAAUCACGGUUCCCCAACAGAGAAAUGACUAUGAUUGUGGCAUCUUUGUGCUUUACUUCAUGGAGCGUUUCAUUGAAGAGGCCCCUGCAAGGCUCAAAAAGAAAGAUCUAGAUAGGUUUGGCAAACAGUGGUUCAAACAUGAAGAGGCAUCAGGGUUGAGAAAGAGGAUUCGAGAUUUGCUUAAUGAAGAGUUUGAAAAUGCUAAAAUGGAGGAUUUUAGCAGGGAAUCAUCACCUGUAUCUUCGGGUGAUGCUGCAAUAGGGCACACUAAGGAUCAUUCCGAUUCUUAACUUAUGAUUUGGACUGAAUGGGACAUCUACUCCCUGGGUGGUUCCCCGGUUGGGGUUUUUCUUGUGCCAUUCAUCUGCACGGUGUAUAGCCUCUUGUAUACAUUGUGAAUACCAUGCUUUCUCAGGAUUAUCUCACCUCGUCCAUCAUCAAUGAGCUUGUGUAGAAACCUUACUGAUUUGGCUGGGAGAUGUCAAUACUACCUCAGUGUUGAUCGUCAGAA